AUGCCGGCCGGUGAGGAUCUCGCUCUGAACCGGGCCGAUAAAAUCUGUGAAAUUUGUGGCGAUGAAAUACGUAGGUCGGGUGGCAUUACGUGUGAUGCAGAAAAUUGCAGUAUAUCUCUUCAUACAAAAUGUUUUGAGAAUAUCGCCAAGUUAUUCUUCACCGAAAGGAAAAAUUGGAGGUGCGAAGUCUCUACCAUAAAGUGCCAGUCGACGCCUAAUACUCCAGCGACUGACGUUAUAGUGCUUCAUCAUGAAGUAGAAUGUCUCAAUGGUGAGAAAGAGUUACUAGUGAACCUUAACAGUGAAUUAAAAUGCAACAAUGAGCUCCUCAAGGAAAAAUUAUCAUUUACCAGCAGUGAAUCAUCAUCCUACGCUGAAAAAACCCGGGGACCACUUAUUAACCAGGCAAACACAGGCAUGAAUGAACAGUCGCGUUACCAAGAUGUUGCAGACUACCUAAUCGUACUGAAAUUAUCAGAUACUGAACGCGGUAACCGUCACUACACUAUGAUAUGA